GUCUCGGAUAAAUAUACUACUGCUGAUGAGUCUUGUGAGGAAGAUGAAAUUAACAGUGUAUACGAGGUUGUUUUUGAUCAUAAUGAUAACAACAAUAUUAACAACCCAACAAAAAUUAAAUGUUUUGAUCUGGGAAUUAAUUCAUCUUUAAUGCCAUAUAGUUUUGAUCUAGGAAUUAAUUCAUCUUUAAUGCCAUAUAGUUUUGAUCUGGGAAUUGAUACUGUUAAUAAUAAUUCAUACAAGUCAGCAGAAAAAAUUACUGAUAAUUUUGAUCUGGGAAUUAAUACCAUUAAUAAUAAUUCAUGCAGGUCAACAGAAAAAAUUACUGAUAGUUUUGAUCUGGGAAUUAAUACUGUUAAUAAUAAUUCAUACAAGUCAACAGAAAAAAUUCCUUAUA